AUGGCUAACCCAGGAAGAUUUAAUAUUGAACAUAUAUGCAAGUAGUUAAAUAUUACUGAGGAAGAGAGAAAGCAAGACGUUUUUCUUAAAAAAACUGAAUCUGGUGUCUUUUUUUUGGUUUUGAAUAAAAAGGCAAAUACUCUUAGUAUCCCAUUUAUCAGAAAAAUUAGUGAGUUGUUAGAUACUGUUGAGGAAAAUGACGGUCCUACUGCUUUAGUCACUUUUGGCUUACAUGAAAAAUUUUUCUCUACUGGAUUAGAUUUAAAUUUCAUGUUAUCUUUAGAAAAGGAAGAUAUUUUUAGUUUUAUUCUUGAAGUUAUUCGCUUAUAUGGUAGAUUCUUAGCUUUAGCAGUACCUUGCAUUGCAAUGAUGAAUGGCCACGCAUACGCUGGAGGAUGUAUGCUAGCUUUUUCACAUGAUUACAGAAUUAUGAGAGAUGAUUUUGGAUAGAUUUGCAUGAAUGAAGUUGAGCUUCAUAUGCCUCUGCCUCCAGGUAUGAAUGCAGUCAUUUAAGAAAAAAUUUCUGAUAAGGAUGCAUUUAGAGAGUUAGUUCUCUAAGCAAAGAGAUUUGAAGCUAAAGAAGCUUUUGAAAGAAAGAUGGUUAAUAAAAUCUUCCCACCUGAAAAGCUUUUUGAAGAAACUUUAAAGUUUGCUGAAUCUUAAACUAAAUUUGGAGUUGAUAAGCCUAACUUUAGAAAAUUGAAAGAAGAAAUGAAUAAAACAGCUAUUGAUUGUUGCUUUAAUAAAGGUCAUGGUGUUGGUGUUAGGUAUGAAGCUAAAGCAACUUUCCCCAACCCAAGAUUGUGA